ACGUGUCGUUCCGUUCCGUUCCGCAGUCUCUCAAGCUUCGAUGUGCGCGUGAAGGGGGGGUCGCGAACCACAGUUAUUUGUUAGUUAGUCGCGAGUGCUUGGCCAGAUCUCAGACCAGAGAUUCCACCAUUCAAUCCAUCCAUCCAUCCAUACAUUCGGUCCAGGUUCAGUCAGGGAGCGUCUUCUGGGGGAGUCGAUAAUCGGUAUUUAUCGUUUUUUUGCGCGAUUUUCCCCUCACAUUCCGUACCGCACCGCGUUGGGGAUUGGUGUAUUUGUGGAGUGUUUUCUUGGAAUCCAACGCCUUUUGGAGGAGUGCACAGAAAUUUAUUUAAGAAACGUUUGCAAAAAACAAAAAAAAAUCCACUCAAAAAAGCGACAAAAAUACAAGUUAUAUAAGGCCGAAACCGGAUUUAUCAUUCAAUACGACUGUGCGGCAUAUAUUAUACGAAUCGACUGUGUUACGAGUAUAAAUAUAUAUGUGUGCAUAUGUGAGCAAAACAAAAACUGAACAACAGAACUCUUGGAUAUACAACAAUAACCCAUUCUCCGAUCCAACCUCAACCACAACCGAUAUAUACGUAAAUGAUCGUCCAUCAAUUUAAUUGAAUCAAUAAUCGAACUAAUCAAAAAGCAUAACGCAAAUUCAAUGAACAAAUAAAUAAACUCAAACGAUCCAAUAAAUAAAUCAAUAAAUAUAAACGAAUCCAACAAAAAGAACAAACGAAAAGUACUCUGGCAUCUGGCAACGCUUUCUGCUCUCGAACGGAAGCUCGUAACGGUUAUUCCACAGAAUUUACUCACGCCCCGAGACCCGAGACCAGAGACCUUGGUGUGUGUGAGUGUGCGAGUGUGAAGGAUAUACGCUUAAAGGAAAGACCGAAAGAGACAGCAGGCAAAAGCCAUGGGAAACUCAUCGUCACACACGCACGAACCACUGGAGCGCGGCUUCACACGCGGAAAAUUCGGUGAUGUUAAAAAUGGGAAAUCCGCCUCCUUUCGGUUUAGUAAAAAAUCCCCAAAGAAAAUGGAUCGUCUGCGUCGCUCUUUUCGCGACUCGUUUCGUCGGCGCAAGGAUCGCGUCCCCGAAUCCUCGAAGCCGCAUCAGUGGCAGGCCGACGAGGAGGCCGUCCGAUCGGCCACCUGCUCCUUCUCGGUGAAAUAUCUCGGUUGUGUGGAGGUCUUCGAGUCGCGCGGCAUGCAGGUCUGCGAGGAGGCCCUAAAGGUGUUGAGGCAAUCUCGUCGUCGUCCUGUCCGCGGACUCCUUCAUGUCAGUGGCGAUGGCCUGCGUGUGGUGGAUGACGAGACCAAGGGCCUGAUUGUGGACCAGACCAUCGAGAAGGUCAGCUUCUGUGCCCCAGAUCGCAAUCACGAGCGCGGCUUCAGCUACAUCUGUCGUGAUGGAACCACGCGACGGUGGAUGUGUCACGGGUUCCUUGCGUGCAAGGACUCCGGGGAGCGUCUCUCGCAUGCGGUGGGCUGCGCCUUUGCCGUGUGCCUGGAGCGGAAGCAGCGCAGGGACAAGGAGUGCGGCGUGACGAUGACCUUCGACACGAAGAACUCGACGUUCACGAGGACUGGCUCCUUCCGGCAGCAGACGCUGACCGAGCGCCUGGCCAUGGCCACUGUGGGGACCAACGAGAGGAGCGUGGACGGGCCGAUGUCCGCUCCGGUGAUGGGGCCGCCAGCAGCCACCGUCAAGCCGUUCAAUCCGUUCGCCAUCGAGCGACCCCAUGCCACGCCCAACAUGCUGGAGCGUCAGGGAUCCUUCCGCUUGAGCACCAUCGGCAGCCAGUCGCCGUUCAAGCGCCAAAUGUCGCUGCGCGUCAACGAUCUUCCGUCCAACGCCGAUCGCCAGAAGGCCUUCCUGGCCGCCGCUGCCGGCAAUCCGUCGUUGCACACGCCCCUCCGCAGUGUCUCCCCCAUUGCCGAGGUCUCGCCGGCGAAGUCCGCCGGAGAUUCCGUGAGUCAGCUGUGCCAGGAGCUCAGCCAGGGUCUCUCGCUGCUGACCCAAACGGACGCCAUGCUGGCCGCCGCGGCCGGCGACGACCUGAACUUCAACAACAACCGCAGCGUCAACCAGAACAUCAUUGCGGCCGAGAAGCACGAUCAGGUCCGAGAAAUCUCAUACAGUGCCGCUCCCACGGCGCAGGUGACGCCCCGCGUGGUAAGCACCACGCCCACUUAUCAGUCGCUCUCCUCGCAGUCGCCCACGCGAUCGGAGCAGAGCUCGGACCCGGCUGCUGCUGCCGCGGAGCUGCCCAACGCAGAUCAAUGGCUGGGACAGGUGGUGCGUAGUACAUCGCCAGCGGCACCGGCAGCACCACCCAAGAGGCCCACCUACCUGGCCAAUGUCGGACGCGCUCAGACCCUGGCCGCUGGAGGUGCCUCCGCCGGUGGAGGAGGCGGACCCGAGGAUCCGUUCGAUGCUGAGUGGGCGGCCAAUGUGGCGGCGGCCAAGAAACUGUCGCCGGAUAUGCCAGUCGCUGGUGGGACUUCACGCUCGCCAAUGCAUGCCAGGCACAGCACCAAUCCGUUCAUCUCUCCGCCCAAGGCGCCGGCGCAGACAUUCCAGGUGCAGCUGUAGAGGGGGAUCACAGGGUCGCAGGAUCACAGGAUCACGAGGGGGUCAAAGUGUGGUUCACUUGAAAAAAACACAGAGGCGAGUAGAGGAGGAGCAGAACAGUCGGCCAAGCACACGGGAUAAAGGAUGCAGGAUGCAGGAUGGAUGGAUGGUUAUCACAGAAGAUACGCAGAUACUUAACGCAGACAUAACUAAUGUUGAAAUAUAGAAAGAUACGCAUACAAGAAUCCAUUCCCCACUUAAACAGCUUAUAGAAUAAAAGAUACGUUAGAGAGAGAGGAGAGAGAGAGAGCGAGCGAGAUCUGUAGAUCUAUCUAUAAGCCCCACUCUUAGCACCAACUUUAGGUCUUGUUCUUUAGGCCAGAACCCAACCAACAAUUGACCAAGCUACCAAGUUACCCACAAAACGAAAAAGAAGAAUAAAGACCAGCACUAAGCAGCAGCACUCAAUCCUUUUACACUCUCCCACAGAAUCUGUAUUAUACUUUGGUAAUAUCCCUUCCAAUCGAUCCCACUCUAAGCAUAAUAUAUAUAUACAUAUACUGCUAUAUCUGCUAUAUAGGAAACACUCGUCUUAUUAUUAUUAUUUUAAUGAAUUUGUCACGUGUGUGCGGAAUUUCACAUUUUUUUAUAAUUUAGCCUAAUUUUUAAAUCUGUACAAAAUGUAUUAUACUUAAAUUAUAAAUAUAAUUUAACGAACAAACGUAAAAAAAAAAACAAAACGAGAAAAACUUCAAGUUAUUUAAAUGGAUACAAAAUA